AUGGACACCACCAACGAGGCGAAGAGCCUCAACAACCCCAGCCGAGGCACCAACUUUGGCGAGGCCCUGCCCACCUACGGCAUGGCCGCGGCCACCGCGUUGAUGGGCGUCAAGGGCUUCCGCUCCACCAAGUCCGUUCCCAGCCUCGCCGCCGGCCUCGGCUUCGGCACCCUCUUCGGCGUCAGCGGCUACCUCCUCCAGGACCCCGCCACCAGCGGCUCCGGCCGCACCAUCGCCCUCGCUUCGUCGUUGACGCUGGCGGGCGUGAUGGGCAGCCGCUUCGCGCGCACCUGGAAGCUCUACCCGGCCGGCACGAUGGCCGCCCUCGGCGUGGGCUCGUCGGCGUGGCACGGCUACACGACGGCCCGCAGCCUGGGCGUUGCGGUGCCCGCCGCCAUGCCCGAGCGGCUGCGCGAGACGGUGGACGAGGCCGCUGACGAGCUCGGCUCGCUCAAGUCCAAGGCCCAGCGCGGCGUCGAGACCGCGCGCGACUACGCCGUCGACAUGAAGGAGAGCGUCAAGGAGAAGGCGCGCGAGCUCGAGCACAAGGGCGAGGCCGAGGUCGAGGAGCUGCGCGAGAAGGGCAAGCGCGGCUACGAGCGGGCGCGCGAGGUGGCGGGCGACGCCAAGGCCAAGACCGGCGAGAAGGUCGACGAGAUGCGGCGCAAGGCCGGCGACACGAUCGAGGAGGCCAAGGAGUACGCCGCCGAGACGGGCGCGAGCGCCAAGCACAAGGCCCAGGACCUCAAGCAGAAGGCCAGCGACAAGGUGGACGACAUGAAGAAGAAGGGCGAGGAGAUGAAGAAGAAGGGCGGCGAGAAGGUGGACGAGAUGAAGGACAAGGCCCAGGACAUGAAGAAGAAGGGCGGCGAGAAGGUGGACGAGAUGAAGAAGAAGGGCGAGGAGAAGGUGGAGGAGGGCAAGAAGAUGGCCAGGCGCGGUAGCCAGGAGCUCAAGCGCAAGGGCGAGGAGAAGAUGGACGAGAUGAGGGACAAGGCCCAGGACAUGAAGAAGAAGGGCGUCGACAAGGUCGACGAGAUGAAGGACAAGGGCGAGGACAUGAAGAAGAAGGGCGGCGAGAAGAUGGACGAGAUGAAGGGCAAGGCCCAGGACAUGAAGAAGAAGGGCGAGGAGAAGGUCGACGAGGCCAGGGAUAAGGCCAGGCGCGGCGGCCAGGAGCUCAAGCGCCAGGGCAGCGAGAAGAUGGACGAGAUGCAGGACAAGGCCCAGGACUUGAAGAAGAAGGGCGAGGAGAAGGUGGACGAGAUGAAGAAGAAGGGCGGCGACAAGAUGGACGAGAUGAAGGACAAGGCGCAGGAGACGAAGAAGAAGAGCGGCGAGAAGGUCGAUGAGAUGAAGGACAAGGCCCGCGAGUCGGCUGAUGAGGGCAAGAGGAUGGCCAGGCGCGGCAGCCAGGAGCUCAAGCGCAAGGGCGAGGAGAAGGCCGACGACGCGCGCGACAAGGCCCAGGAGCUCAAGCGCAAGGGCGGCGAGAAGGUGGACGAGAUGAAGGACAAGGCCCAGGACAUGAAGAAGAAGGGCGGCGAGAAGAUGGACGAGAUGAAGAAGAAGGGCGGCGAGAAGAUGAUGGACGGCGAGGAGUCGAUGAAGCGCAAGGCCCGCGAGAGCGGCGACAAGGCGCGCGACUACGUCGAGGAUGUGAAGGAGAACGUCAAGCGCACCGGUAGGCAGGCGGCCGACAAGACCCGCGAGACCUACGACGAGGUGGUCGAGAGCGCCAAGGACAAGGCGGCCAAGGCCAGCAACGGCCUUUGUGGUGCCGAGCCGACGGCGCGCGACUACGUCGAGGCGGUGAAGGACAAGAGCGCGGAGGGCCUCGAGACGGUGAAGGACCUGGCGGCCGUGGGCGUGGCCAAGACGCUCGACUUUGUGGACGACAUCACGGAGCGCGCCCACAACAAGCGAAGCGGCCGCGAGAUCUCCACGGCCGAGUCCAAGGAGCAGGACUUUGAUGGCGAGCGCCAGAGCAGGAGGAGGAGGUAG